AUGAAACUCCAUGCUGCAGCUAUCCUCGUCAUCUUCUGGCUUGGCAUCUUCACUGUGCACACAGUGAAAGGGAGCAUUGGAAGUCAGCCCAUGCGCAAAUUCAGUUGUGUAAGUCUGUCUACACAGCAACUGAACAUCCGAAAUCUUGUCAGCUAUGAAAAGCAACAAGUUCCAGUAAACGCCAUCAUGUUUAUCACCACAAAAGGCAUCAAGAUCUGCGUAAGCCCUGAUCAGAAAUGGGUGCAGUCUGCUAUGAAGAAAAUAGACCAAAAACGUACCACCAAAGGCAAAUAA